AUGGUGAAUUGGUGCAAUCAAGAAGAGCUAGCGAAGGAGAGGGAGUCGCUCUUCAAGCAGGGGUAUCGGCUGUUACCGGAGAGACCCGCAUUCAAGACCUCUCUGUACGACCACAGUGAGCGGGUGGAUGCUGAGGUUGCAACCGGAGGCGAAUUGCAUCCUCCUGGUGCGAUUCAGACGGUGAUGCAAGGGAUGGCUAGCUUUUUGGAAGAGGGUCAGAGGAAGAUUGCCUUGUUUUCCCCGACGGAGCUGUUUCCUCCCGCGGCUGACAAGCACUUGAGCAUGAGAAAGUCGAAGGUCAUCUUCGAGAAGUCUUUGAGACGCCCUGAUAUCCUCCGGCCCAACUUGACCCGCGAUUGUCUUGCCUGUGGCUCCGAGGGCAGCAUGACGAACGGUCUGUGUCAGAUGUGUGGACAUGAUCUAGCGUCGUGGAGAAGAAGAUUAGUGCCGAUCGAGACGAUAGUUCCCUUCGCUUCCGUGAAGGAUCAGUGUGAAAUCUCAUACAAAGUUUCGAGUGUUAAGAUUCGAUCGCCCAAGGGCCCGCGGGAGGUGACGGUCCCGCUGCUGGACUCCAAGUACGAGCUCCCCGACAGCUUGGAAUGCUCGUUUGAGGAGGAGGAGGGGCUGUGGUGUUAG